GAGAGAGGGUCGUAAGGAGACUCGGGGCUAGGGUCGCGGAGGGAGUCGGGGAGUCUCAGGUUCUUGGUAGCGUGUGGUAAUUGAGCGGGGUUUGCUUGUCCUGCCGGGGGCUUCCGGGACAGGGCUGGCUUCUAGGGGUUUUGUAUUUGUUUUUCAAAGGGGAGAAGGUGUAAGGAGGGAAGAGAAUGACAGAAUACUGACUGGAACGCUAAUUGGAGAUUUUCAAAUGGGAAGAGCAGAAUAAUUCCAUAUUCUUCUUCCUUCAAUUGCUCCAUUAGGCAGGCUGACUUCUAUUUUGAAUUCUCAACUUUGAAAUCAGCCAGUGUGUUUGGCAGAUAUUGAUCUAAUUUAGGGGUUAGAGUUUGAGUCAAUUUAAAUGCAUUUUACUUAGGGCCCACAAUACAACCACUGUUUACGAUGGAACUUCUGCUGAAAACCUGUGUACUUAGAAGAAAUGCAUGUACUGCGGUUUGCUUCUGGAGAAGCCAUGCUGUACAAAAGCCUUCAGUUAAAAAGAUUAGUACUACCUCUCCAAGGAGCACCGUCAUGCCCGCUUGGGUGAUAGAUAAAUACGGAAAGAACGAGGUGCUUCGAUUUACCCAGAACAUGAUGAUACCUGUCAUACAUUAUCCAAAUGAAGUUAUUAUCAAAGUUCACGCCGCGAGUGUAAAUCCUAUAGAUGUUAAUAUGAGAAGUGGUUAUGGAGCUACGGCUUUAAAUAUGAAACGUGAUCCUCUACAUAUUAAAACCAAAGGAGAAGAAUUUCCCCUGACUCUGGGCCGGGACGUCUCUGGGGUGGUGAUGGAAUGUGGACUUGAUGUGAGGUACUUCAAGCCUGGAGAUGAGGUCUGGGCUGCAGUUCCUCCCUGGAAACAAGGCACUCUGUCAGAGUUCGUUGUAGUCAGUGGGAAUGAGGUCUCUCUGAAGCCCAAAUCACUCACUCAUACUCAAGCUGCCUCUUUGCCGUAUGUGGCUCUCACAGCCUGGUCUGCCAUACACAAGGUUGGUGGCCUGAAUGACAAGAAUUGCACAGGAAAACGUGUUUUAAUCUUGGGUGCUUCAGGUGGAGUUGGUACUUUUGCUAUACAGGUAAUGAAAGCAUGGGCUGCUCAUGUGACAGCAGUUUGCUCUCAGGAUGCGAGUGAACUUGUAAGGAAGCUCGGCGCAGAUGACGUAAUUGAUUACAGAUCUGGAAAUAUGGAAGAGCAGUUGAAAUCUUUAAAACCGUUUGAUUUCAUUCUUGAUAAUGUUGGUGGAUCCACUGAAACGUGGGCUCUAAAUUUUCUCAAGAAAUGGUCAGGAGCCACAUAUGUGACUUUGGUGACUCCUUUUCUCCUGAACAUGGACCGAUUGGGCAUAGCAGACGGCAUGUUGCAGACAGGAGUCACCGUGGGUUCUAAGACGUUAAAGCAUUUUUGGCAAGGAGUCCAUUAUCGCUGGGCUUUUUUCAUGGCCAGCGGUCUAUAUCUAGAUGACAUCGCAAAACUGGUGGACGAGGGAAAGAUUCAGCCAGUUAUUGAAAAAACCUUCCCUUUCUCUAAAGUUCCAGAAGCCUUCCUGAAGGUAGAAAGAGGACAUGCGAGAGGAAAGACUGUAAUUAAUGUCAUUUAAAUAAACUCUCAGUUUGGUGA